AUGAUAAUAUUUAGUUUAAUAUUCUUUACCACAUUUCCAUUAGUAAUUGGUUAUAGUACAUUAAUAACUUUAUCCGGAUUCACAUUUGGAUUUAUUAAAGGAUUUAUCAUAUCAUAUUUUGCAGCAUUAACUGGGGCCAUAACUGUAUUUCUAUUAAGUCGAAGGUGGUUUAAAAAAUCGGUUAGAAAACUUUUAAAUAAAAGUAAUUCAAUGAGUGCGAUAGUAAAAGCUCUUUUAUUUUUUAUUCGCUUGGCACCAUAUCCGUAUAAUGUACUUAAUACUUUAUUAUCAGCAACACAUAUAUCAUUAUCUACAUUUGCAGGCGCUACAGCAUUAUCACUUUUCAAACUUAUAAUUCAUGUUUGGAUUGAUGAUAAUAUAGAAAAUGAUAAUAUAGAAGAUGAUAAUAUAAAUAAUAAUCAAGAUAAAGGAAUAUUUAAUAAUAAAAAUAUUAAUCAAGAUUAUUAUCAAGAUUAUCAUCCAGGUGAAGAUGAUGAAAAUGAUCCUGCGACUUUAAUUAAAACAAUUUUAAUGAUGUGUGGGAUUAUAAUUGGAAAUAACAGAAAAAUUGACAAUAACAUUAAUAACAAUCAUAUUGGUAUUAACAUUGAUAUCUACAAUAUUAAUAACAAUAAUGAUAAUAAUAUAGUAUUUAAUGGAAUAAGAUAUAGAAGAAAUUCCACGUAUGAUGAAAAUGAACCUUUAAUUGAUAACAACAACAAUAAUAAUAGUAAUUGCAAGGAGGAAAUUAAUAUUGAAAACUUUAAGGUACAAAAACAAUUUAUUAACAAUUAUAAUAAUAUAAAUAGCAUUAAUGAAGAAAAAGAAGAAGAAGAAGAAGGAUUUCAUUAG